AUGUCUACUCUUUUACUAUACGAUUUCCAAAAAUACCCCAAACCAAGAUGUACUGACCUACAUACUGCCAGAAUAACAGUGAUGGGUGAUAACCAUUGUGGGAAAACAUCAUUGAUCUUCAGAUGGUUGACAAACGCUUUCCAACAAAUUGAAGAUGGAACAUAUCAGGAAGAUAUAUAUCAUAAGACAUUGAAUAUUGAAACAUUAUUAAAUGAUGAAUAUCCUUUAUCAACUACAAACACAAUAAAUUCAAUUACUACUGAUUUAGACUAUGAUUCCAUAUCAAAUGAACCUCAUCAUACGCUGACAGAUGAUUUACUGGAGUGUACCACUGAAACUCCACCUGAUAAACACGACACUUUACAUCACUUUCUUGCUGACAUUGCAAAAUCAAGGCAUGUAGGAAAACAAGAAAGCAACUACGAUACAAAUAAUACUGAAGAUACGGAAAAAAAGAAAGCAUCAAAUAGUCGCAAAAAUGCAUAUCAAACUCAUAAACAUUUUUUGAAUAGACCACAUAACAUUAAACUCCAAAUCUUGGAUAGUCAGCCACUUGAAAUUGCUGACUUUUCAGAAUUAAGAUCAAAGCAAAUUCAACAAUCAGAUGCAUUCAUUUUAUGUUUUGAUUCCACGAAUAGAGAAUCCUUCCAUGAUAUAAGAACAUAUCAGAGAAAGAUAGAAAGAGCAAGAGGGAUCGACGAUAAUAUUCCUAUUAUACUAUGCUGUACUAAAACUGAUAAAAUUAAUGAAAGAAAAGUUAGCCCCGAUGAGAUAAAGGAUUUGGUAUAUAAAUCCGGACUAGAUAUUAGGACCGAUUUCUUCGAAGUUUCCUCUAAGCAUGGUACAAAUGUCCAAAGUCUAUUAUUGACAACUUUAGUGAAAAUUGAAAAUUAUAAAUAUCAAGAAAGAAACAGAUUGAAAUCUAAAAAAUCAAAAUCAAAAUCAAAUUCCAACCAUAGUUCGAGGACUCAAUUACAUAAUCCUCCCGAUGACCAUGAACUGGUUGAGUCUAAGUUAUUACUCAACAAAAAUACAGGUUCGACCACGACACCCAUCGAAUCCACAAAUGGCUCAAGUACCAACCUGCUUGACGAGAAAAAAAUUCUAAAUCGACUGAUAAAAUCAUAUUAA